GAAUUGUUAUUUGACAAGAUGGCGCAUACACAAGGAGCACAGAAACCUGUUCAACAAGAUUGGGCUAAUAGAGAGUACAUUGAAGUGAUCACAGGCAGUAUAAAGAAGAUAUCUGACUUCCUUAAUUCAUUUGACACAUCAUGCAGAUCAAGACUUGCCAACUUAAACGAAAAACUGACAGUGUUGGAGAAGAGGGUUGAAUACAUUGAGGCCAGAGUAACGAAAGGAGAGACGCGGCCAUAGCAAAUAUAGGGAUGUACUCAUGACUAGCAGUAAACUUGGAGCAUUGGAGCAAGAUACCUCUGUUGAUCGGAAAUGAAUGCAUGCAGACUCUUUUAUGUUGUAAAACUGAUGCCAAGCCAGAUAUAGCAUGGAUGAGAAUGUUGAUCGUUGGAAGUUCUAUUUGUUGACAAAUUUCUUCAUAUUCAGUUUGAUGAAGCAUAUUUGCUCCUAUGAUUAUUCCUCGGACUUCUGUUUAGAUGAUCAAUAGCCCUGAAUUAUUUAUUCUGGAUGUUUACACUAGAUUUACACUAGAUACGAUUAUUACCAUUAGAGCAAUGAUGAAUGAUCUGAACCUGUGCAUAAUUACAACUAAUAUAAAACACUUCUGAAUUGAAAGAAAGCAGUAACAGUCAGAAGAUUGUCUGCUCAUUUUUUUACAUAGUUAACUAAAAAACAAUAAAUGUCCUCCGGUUUUUAAUAAAAAUAUGAUCUAAAAAUAUUUCGGGCAUUUUACAGAACAUUAUCUAUUUUCUAAGUGUUAAUAUGUAAUUUAUGUAAAGCAAUGUGUUGAAAUUCUUUUAAGUGAGAUAAUUCUUUUCCCCAUUGAUUCACAAUUCAUGUAUAUUUUAUGCAAAUGUAUAAUCCCUGUUCACAUUUAUGGGAAAAAAAUGCCUGCAAAAUAUUUCCAUUAUCUAAAAAAAGUAAAAUUUUACUAUUUCAUUUGGGAGACAAAGAAAUAGGUGAAAUGCAGAAUAUUGAUUAAAAAGUUAAAUUCAAUAAAAGUUAACACUGAACUUGUGGCUACUUUAAAUUUUCUUUCAGAAAUUGAGGUCUAUACUUUUGACUUAGUUCUAUGACAGACAUCAAAAAGCAAUUCAUUUUUCUUAACAUUAUUAUAUGUAAUAGUUUUUGUUCAUCAGUUUUUUGUUUUUUUAUUUAAAUCAUAGUAUAUUUUGUAUUUAUAGACAAUUAUGGACAUAUUUUGUUGUGUAUUUUGUUUUGUAUUAGAGGUCAUCACUGACCAAAUACAUGUGCAAUUGGAUGUAUGGAAGGGUAUGGAUGUGAGAUGAGCCUACAGGACUAGCUAUAUAUUGUAUAUGUACCAGUAGGUUUGAAGUGUAUGCAUAGUAAUUUUUCAAUAUUGACAAAAAAUUUCGCACUGCUGUAGAAACGAGAAAAAGCUUGUCAAAUCUUUUGUUAUAAGUUACCUUCAGAUUUGUUGAGGUGAAUGACUCACUGCUGCUGUAGCUAUCGCCAGACCAUGGCAACAAUAACUCCAGACCAGACCAUGGCAACAAUAACUCCAGACCAGACCAUGGCAACAAUAACUAUAUACCAUGGCAACAAUAACUAUAUACCAUGGCAACAAUAACUAUAGACCAUAGCAACAAUAAAUCCAGACCAUGGCAA